GAAAUUUAAGGAAUAUUUGACUGACCAAAAUGGCUGGAAAGGGCAGAGGAAUAGCAGCAUUCACCUUCAACAUAGAGGCCUUGGGUCUCACCAGAGGGUCCAUGCCAGAAACCCAGAGAGGGCCAACUCCACUCUUCCCACAAAUUGAAUAUAAACCAGUGCCUUUGAAAGCUGGAGAGGAUGAAGACUAUAUGAGAGCUUUGAAACAAGAGAUGAGAGGACGAAUGAAAGAUCUCCCAUUUAACAUAAAACCCCAUGCAGGAAAGGGAGAUGUGGAGAGGUACAAGGAGAAAUACUCAAGAGAAAUUAAAAUUGAAGAUGACAACUGGACACCAGAUUGGAACCGUCUUCCAAAGGAGCUGAAGCCACAAAAGAAGAUAAUUAGAAAGAAAAAAGAUACUACGAAAAAUGCAAAGAUCUCAAGUAAAGACAAGGAGGAAGUGCUGAAUAAACUUGAUGAACUUGAAAAGAAGGGAGAUGUAAAAUCAGAUGAGGAGGAUGAAGCAAAGGGAGGGAAGAAAGAAGACGAGGAGGAAGGGGAGGAAGAAGAAAUUGAAGGAGAAUAUGAUGAAGAGCUUGAAGAGGAAAAUGACUACAUAGCAAACUACUUUGAAGAUGGUGAUGAUUACGGGGGAGGAAGUGAUGACAACAUGGAUGAAGCCACUUACUAGGGGGUGGGGGGGGAGCACUUAAUUAAAAAUAAAAUUGCAUAAAAAUCAUGCAAAUCAUAUCAUGCACAAGAAUUAAUAUAUCAAUAUGUAUGUACUAUAUAAAAGCACUAGUUGAU